AUGGAAACUAAGUCUGAAUAUGGUCUAUCGAAAGAAGGGUAAAGUUCUUUGGGUAAAGUUGUUGUUGAGAUAAAGAAUGUUCUAUUUUCAGUGACAAGGUAAAUGCUAAUUGAUGAUGAUCCAUCAUUACUUUUAAGCAUUGCUUCACUUAUAAUCCAAUUAUUUUAGAUGACUCAUAUUUAUUUUAAUAGAAAUCUUUAUAAGGCUUGGAAGCAUGAUGAAAUAGCUGAAUAAGUAAGUUAGAUAACUGGCUAUGUUCUAUUAUCACCAUAAUAUGAUAAGAUGUCAUAUUCAACUAUGGUAAUAUUAACAUAUUUAUUUGUUGGCAUCAUUGCAUUAGAAAUUUUACUAUAUUUAGUAUUAAGUAACAGAACAGAGAAAUUGAGCAAAACUUUACCUAUGGCUAUGUUAAAAUCAAUAAUAAAUUUGAUGCUUUCAAUUUUAUAUAUGCCAAUAGUAGAUUUAUUUAUUUCAGUAUGGACAUGUCAAGACUCUUUUCACUUUUCAUUUUAAAAUUAUGAAUGUUGGACAGGCAGUCAUACAGUUCAUUCAAUUGUAGCAAUAAUCUUUUUGAUAAUAUUCUACACUUUGAGUGCUAUUCAUUCAUUUCUCUAUUAUGAAGCUCGAUUUGUUUAUACUAAUCCAUUAUCAAAAUAGAAUGGAUUUGAUGAUUUUAUUUUAAAAACAUAUAUAGUGAUUCAAGUAUUGAAUUACUCAUUUAUUGACUCAUAAUAUGUUUAAGUGAUUUUAAUAGCCUUUGGAAACAUAACUCUCUAUAUAUAUAAUUAUCAUUAUAAUACACAUAACAAUUUGAUUAUAUACAAAUUAUGGUAAAUGAUAAUAGCAAUAAAUAAUUGGACUUGCAUUAUGUUAGCCUUUAGUAAGAUUCUGGAAGAUGUUAUAUUUAGAGGUACAAUAUAUGCAUGGCUUUUGGGAAUACCUUUAUUAAUUAUAAUUGUAAUAUAAAAUCCUGAAGAAAGAAUGGAUUUAUUAUUAUUGGAUAAUAUGAAAGGAACAAUAAAUUAGAUAUUAUUAUAGUAACAUCAUUUAUUGAGAUUGCAUAAUUGGAAUACUCAAUUAUUUAAUAUAAUUUUGGAUGGAUAUUUAAAAACUCAUAAUUAAACAUGUAUUAGACCUGAUUGUGGUAAAGAAUUAAUUAAGAUCAUUUAACAAAAUUAUUUGGAUGCAAGUAAAAGAUUUCCAUAUGAUUAUCAAUUAAAAAUUAGAUAUGGAUUCUUUUUACUUCAUAUUAGUUAACGGUAAUAUGCUUUAUAGGAAUUCAAUUAAGCUUAAAAUUUAAAUCCUACAAUGGAUUAUGAAUUUGUAUUGUUUAGAUACAAGAAAAUAAUAGAAGAUGAAAUGAAUGAUUAAAAUGUUGAAUAGAUAGAUACUCAUAAUGAAGCUAUUUAUUUAAAUAUUAUUAAGAAUUUUUAAAGUAAAAUAGAAAGAGUUACUUUAAUAAAUAUGGAUUUUUGGUCAUAAUUGUAAGAAGAUUAUCCAGAUUUAGGAAAAUUGAAUUAGAUAGGUUUAAAUAUUCAUAAUUUAAUGAAUGAAAUUGAAAUGACAUGGAAUAGAUUGUAAAAGACUAAAUAAAAUACAUAAAAGAGUUUAAAAAUGUAUAGUAAAUUUAUGAUUGAUGUUGUAUAAGAUUAAGAAUAUGGUGAAUUGUUAUAUGAGAAAUCUAGAGUUAUGGAUGCAUCUUAUAUAAGGAAAGGUAUAUAGAUGGCAAGUAAGGAAGAAAUUAGUAUGGAAAGUCUACCAACAAUGAUAAUAUCAUUAGCUCCUGAUAAGUUUGGUUAAAUUAUUAAUCUAAAUACUGCAUGUCAUGUAUUUGGUUAUAUGAAGAAUGAAUUAAUUAAUAGGAAAUUGAAUGUUUUAAUACCGAAUAUAUUUUAAAAAGCUCAUGAUUAAUUAAUGAAAUUAGGAUUUGAUUAAAAAUUGAGUAAAGAAAGAUCUAUUUAUGUUAAGAAUAAAUAGAAUUAUAUAAUUCCAUGUAUAAUAGAAAUGAAAUCAUUAACAUCUUUAGAUUAAUCAAUUAUGAUAAUAGCAUAAUUUAAAUUAUUCAAACCAUAUAAAUAAACUUGUCAUAUAUUAUUUGAUAGUGAUGAUAUUAUAGAUUCAAUAUCAUUUAAUUGUAUAAGUUUACUUGGUUUGGAUUUACGUUUAAUUUAGAAUAAGAAAUUAUUGGUUAGUGAAAUAUUUCCAUAAUUAUAAGAUAAGAGUGAAUUCUUAAUUAAAGGUGGAGGAGUAAUUUAAUAUAAGAUUCCAGAAGAUAUAGCUAGUGGUUUAAUAUAAUCUAAUGAAUAUAUUGAUGAGAAGGCUAAAUUUUCAUAAGAAUUUGUAUGUACUUUAAAUUCAGUGACAUUAAAUAAUUAACAAUUAGGAUAUAUGAUGAAAUUAGAAUAAAAAGAAAAUGAAAAUAGAUUAAUUCCAUUAAAAAAAUAAAGAUCUAAUUUUUAAUUUAAAUAUAAUGUUGGUAAGAAGAUAUAUUUAGGUGAAUUUUCUACUGAUCAAGUUUCAGCUAUAAAUGAUUUAUCUUCAAUACAUGAUUAAACUGUUGAUGUCAGUGCUAUGUCUAUUAAAAAUUAAUCAAUAACAUAAGUAAAAUCAUCAGAAGAUCAGAAAUUUGAUUAUGGUGAAGGUAUUAAAACAUUAUAACUUUUUUAAAAUCGUAUUCAAGAAAUUGAUAAAGAGGAAAUUAUAGAAGAAUUUGAUGAAGAACAUUAAUAAAGUGUAUUUUAAAAUAAUAUUGAAUCAUAAUAAGAAAAUGAAAUGAAUAUUAAUAAUAAUAUAUUUAAAUCAAGAGCAUCAUUAUAAGAAUAAAUAAAAAAUUAAGGUAGAAUAUCUAUUAUAUAAAAAAUGCUUUGGUUUACAAACAUUUUAUAUUUAAUAAUUACAGCUUUAGCAUUUUUUGAAUUUUUUUAUUUAAAUCAAUAAUAUAAUGAAAUUGAAGAAAAUAUCAAUCUUAUAGGUAAAGAAAAUCAAAUGCAUGCUGGAUUAUAAUCUAUAUUAACUAAUGUAUAAAAUUUGAAAAUGUUAAAUUUAGGUGUAUGGUAGAAUACAAAUAAAUCUACAUAUGAAAUAAGUUAAAAAGAAGCACUUAUUAAAUAAUUGAAUUAUAUAUAAGAUUUAAAUAAGGAAGUAUUAAUGAGUGAUCUAAAAUUAACAGACUUUUAUUUCAAUCUUAAAGUUUCAGAUGCUAUUAAAAUGUAUUUUAGCACAAAUUAAAGCUAAUAGUAUGAUUUUAUGGAAGCCACUCAAUAAAUUAUAAGUAAAGGAAUUGAAGUAUCAAAUCUCCCUUUAGAAGAAAUUACAGAAUAUUAAACUAGUGUUUUUUUUGUAGAAUACAAUCUUUUAAAUGAAUAUUGGAUGGCUUUAUAAGAAGUGUCAGAUUAAUUUAUUUUAGCAUUAGAUGAUAGAACUACUAAACAAGAAAAAGUUGAAGUUAUUGUUCUUACACUUUCUGCUAUUAUGAUAUUUAUGAGUUUAAUUAUUUAUUCUAUAUCAAUUAUUCUAUUAGCAUAGAUGAGAUUAUCAAUACUAUAAUUAUUUUUAGAUAUUCCAGAAAAGACAGUUAAGUAUUUCUAUAGUAAAUGUGAAAAUUAUAUAAGUAAUUUAUAAGUAGGAGAUGAAGAUGAAAAUGUUUCAUUUUAAGAAGAUUUAGAAGAAUAGGCAGAAUUAAAUAAAACAUUAAAAUCAAGAAAGAAGAAGAAGAAGUUUAUUAAUUCUAAUUAAAAUCAUAAGGAUCAUAUUUUACUAUUUGUAUUUUCUGUUAUGAUCUUAUAAGGAUAUUUUAUAUUUGCUUAUUUUGUAACUUAAAAUGAAUUAAAUAAUUUAAAUUAAUAAAUAGCUGAAUUUAAUAUUACAACUAGAUGUGAAGGUUUUUAUAGAUUUUGUGAUAAUUCAGAAAGAUAACUCUUUUAUAAUUAAGAGAUUCGAUUAUUAAAUCAAUAGCCUUAUGAAGUUAUCAAAUAAAAUAUAAAAGAUAUGUAUGCAUAUGAUACAUAAAUGCAAUAACAACAUGCUUUAAAUAUUGAUGUAUAGAACUCAAAUUAUAGAUCUGUUUAUGAUCAUAUUAUGAUGUCUGAUCCAUGUGAUGUGUUACCAUCAUAUGGAUCUCCAGAUACUCUUACUUGUCAAGCCUUUGCUAGAGGAGCUUUGGCAUAAGGAAAUUCAAUAGGAGUAGCUAGAUAUAUAGAGAAUUUAAGAUAUAUUAUAACUAUUUAUGACAAAUUCAAAGGUUUUGGAUCUACACCCAAUUUCACAACUGUUGCAAGAGGGGAUGCUGUGUAUUCUAAGAUAGUUGAUGAUCCUGAAAAGAAUAACAUAUUAAAUUUGAAUAAUUUCAAUCAAACCAAAGAGGCUAGAACCUAUUAAUCUUAUUAUUUAACAUGUAAAUUUAUUUAUAUUAUUAUUUUUAGCAUCUUUUCAAUAUUUGAUUGAUCAUAUAAUAGAUGGAUUUAGUUAAGAUUUAAGUGAUCAUAUAGCUUAGAAAUUGGCAGUAUUUAUUGUUUUUAAUGUUGUUCUUUUCAUAAUGUAAUUUUUAAUUAUGUAUCCAUUCCUUUUGAAAUUGAAUAAACAAAUAUCAAAUACAAGAUUAUUAUUGACAAUGAUCCCACUACGACUAAUACUCAAAAUAUACUCUAUUAGAAACUUUAUCAAAAAUAAUUUAUCUGAUAUUUAAUAUUGA